AAAGGUUUUAAUAUUAAAAAGUGGAGAGAUAAUAUAUUUAAGAGUGGAGAUUAACCACGAGAGGGAAUCCUUUUCCCUCAUUCUAGGAGAGAGAGUAUAACAAUUCACAAGUUCUCAAAUGAAUUUACUAUGAGUUAGCCUGAGUUUACAAGAGACGCUCAUCGCCUUAAAAUUCAGUUUUGUAAGGUUGAAUUAGACAUAACCCCAAUUCUGUUGGAUCACUCGCUAUUGAGCCACCCACAAUUUAUAUCCACGCACCAUGUCCAAUAAUGUUGGGCAUCUAUGAACCAUGCCCAAUAAUGUUGGGCGUGGGGGUGUGUUAAGAAGUCCCACAUCAGAAGUGAGUUAACGUUGGCUUGAAGAUGAUUUUAUAAACAUGAAUGGAAAGAAAUUGGAGUACAAAGGUGAAGAAGCACUUAAGGAGAUAGGGAAGCUAACAAAAAAUGCUGAUGAGGUUCAAGAAAGCCUUUUGAAACAGAUCUUAACUCAGAAUAGAGAAACUGAGUAUUUAAAUAAGUAUAUGAAGGGAGAAACAUAUAUAAGUGAUUUACAAGAGUUUAAGCGUUGUGUUCCAGUAGUUAGUUAUGAAGGAAUGUUUCCAUAUAUACAGAGAAUUGCAAAUGGUGAAGAUUCUUCUCUCAUCACCGGUAAACCAAUAACAGAAAUGUUAUGCAGUUCAGGAACAUCAGCCGGAGAGCCUAAAUUGAUGCCAACAAUUGCUGAAGAUCUUGAUCGACGUACCUUUGUCUACAAUCUUAUCAUGCCAAUCAUGAAUCAGUAUGUUCCUGAUCUCGACGAAGGCAAGGCCAUGUAUCUCUACUUUGUGAAAGCAGAGAAAUCCACACCAUGUGGUUUACCAGCAAGAAGUGUAUUAACAAGUUACUACAAAAGUAAACACUUCAAAUGUAGAACACAUGAUCCUUGGAAUGAUUUCACAAGUCCUGACCAAACCAUUCUCUGCCAUGACAUCAACCAAAGCAUGCAUUGCCAACUACUUGCAGGCCUAAUUCACCGCCGUCAAGUUCUAAGGCUAGGCGCCGUCUUUGCUUCAGCACUUCUCCGAGCAAUUUCAUUCCUCGAACGUAAUUGGAAAAAUUUAUGCAAUGACAUAAGAAAUGGACAAUUAAGUUCCUUUAUAACAGACCCUUCAUGUUGUUCAUCAAUGUCCACACUUCUUUCAUCUCCUGAUCCAUAUCUUGCUGAUGAAAUUACCAAAAUUUGUAGCCAAAAGUGUUGGAAAGGGAUUCUGUGUAAGCUUUGGCCUAAAGCAAAGUAUAUUGAAGCAGUGGUUACAGGUUCUAUGGCUCAAUAUGUUCCUGCUUUGGAUCAUUAUUGUGAAGGGAAAUUGCCUUUGGUUUGUACUAUGUAUGCUUCUUCUGAGUGUUACUUCGGGGUGAAUUUGAAACCUUUGUGUGAUCCUAAUGAUGUUGCUUUUACACUGUUGCCUAAUAUGGGUUACUAUGAAUUCAUUCCUCUUGGACAUAAUGGGACACUUUUGAUGAAUUUUGAUGAAAAUGAACAUGUCCCUAAUGAUAAGCUUGUGGAUUUAGUGAAUGUUAAGCUUGGUUGCUUUUAUGAGCUGGUCAUCACUACCUUUGCUGGACUUUAUAGAUACAGAAUUGGUGAUGUACUUCAAGUGGUUGGAUUUUACAACAAAGCCCCACAAUUUCGAUUCAUCUGCAGAAGAAACGUAGUAAUAAGCAUAGACAGUGAAAAGACAAAUGAAGAGGAUUUACAUAGAAGUGUGACAAUGUCCAAAAAAUUGUUAGAACCUUAUGAUGCACUCUUAGUGGAAUACACUAGUUAUGCUGAUACUUCAUCAGUACCAGGACACUAUGUAUUGUAUUGGGAAAUUCUUCAUUAUGGCUUAAAAGGGGACUCACUUGACCCAAAAGUGCUUCAAGAAUGUUGCAUUGCAGUUGAAGAGGAAUUGGAUUAUGUAUAUAGAAGAUGCCGCACCAAUGAUAAAUCUGUUGGGCCAUUAGAGAUAUGUGUGGUGGAGCCAGGAACUUUUGAAGCAUUGAUGGAUUUGUUUAUUGCUAAAGGGGCUUCAAUUAAUCAGUAUAAAACACCAAGGUGUAUUAAGUCUAAGAAAGCACUUAAGUUACUUAAGUCUAAAGUUAUGGCUUCUUUUUUUAGUCCUAGAGAUCCUAAAUGGACUUUGAAUUAAUUUACUAUUACUUGGUGUUUAUGAUAUAACUUUGAUGUUUUCUUCAACCAUAAAGUUGGUUGUUGUAAAAUAAUUUGCGUUUGAUCAACCAAUUUGUAGUACUCUUUCUGAUUUUAUGAAGAAAAAGUGUGCAUGCAACAUGUCCAUCUUUUAUGUAAGCUAAAGUAGCAACUUUUAUAUUCUAAUAUUAUAAUGUCCAUCCUUGAAAUUGUAAUCGCCCGUUAAUUUAGUCUCUUAUAUUUAUGAAAUAACAAAGUCAUUUUAAUU